CCUGGUCACAAAAUCGGCAACGGCUACCUAAUCAACAAAUCACAACACAAAUAACACAUAGGAAACAACAAAUUUUUGAGCGGCCCUACCAGUUUCGCCUUUGCUUUUCGAGAAUGACGACCAACCUGAAUAACAAACGCCCCGCCGAACAAGCCGACGAUUGCAAGAGGCGCAAACUCCCAGAAGAAGACGACGACGACGACGACGAUUGCAUCAUGUUCUCUGCCGCUCGGCCUGUGCAUUGCGUGGUGUUUGAUCUCGAACCGAACAUUUUGUUCAUCCCGAAUCGACUGGAAUACACCGAAGAACAAGCCGAAGACAUUUGGUACAGUCGCAUGGAAAAGCAUGCCAUGAUUCAAGGAGCCAUGAAAUCGGCGUGUGAUAUGCAUCCCGAGGAAGAAGGCGCCAGGGGAUUGGAGCCCUUUACGUGGAUUGGCGCGACGAGUCGACGAGAUCAUCGUCAACGGACCGUGGGGGCCGUAUUGAGAGAACAAGCACGGCAAAAGCAGUACAACAAGGAAUGUGACGACGAACUUUUGUACCGUGCUUCGACCAACACGUCGCAACGUUGUCAAGAAUUGGCCAAUGCACGAGGAUACAUGGAUCAAGUGGCCGUCUUUCCCCUACAACUACAGCAGUUGCCAAGCAGUCAUGACGACAACGACAAUGACAAUGACGACGACAACAAGGCAAAUCACAACGCUGGUGGUGGGACCGUAUUGAAGGGCUUUAAGCAAACCCUGCGAGGUCUCUCCUUUGGAUGGCUCGGUACUACAGCGGAUCCACAGUAGACAGAAAGGGAGAGAAGAGGCUAAAAGUAGAGAUAGAAUGUACAGUAGCACAAUUAAAGCAAAGAAAUAGACGGGUUGACCAUUAUAUAUUCU